ACCAUCUUCACGCAUAAAACUAUCCCUCUCUACGUACUCGCACAAAAAAUAUCAUCUCUUCGAUCUCUCUGGAAGGCUGGGUUGGUCUCUCUCUCCUCUCGGCACCGAGGCUUCUCUCUAGGAGGCUUCUCACUCCGAUCCGAGCACCAUGGAUUCGAAGUACAUUGGGUGGAUUUUGUUGGUUCUUCUAGUUUUGUUUGGAAAUGAGGUGGCUGUUUUCACCGGGGGAAAGAAAUUGGAGCGUAUGGCUAUCGCAAGUCCUGUCCUACUGUACAUAACCGAGCUCAGCCUGUUCAUCCUGAACUACAAGAACCGUGCGGAGACGAGUGAUGAUGAUUCUGAAAAUGUUGAUUCCGAUCAAGUUGCCUCGCAGGCACGUACAGGCAUUUCCCGCCGUUUCAUAUAUGCGCCUACGCGCAUGGAGGUGACCCGAUUUGUAUUUUGCAUUGCCGGAUUCGUCAUAGCCGUUUGCGAUUUUCUCAGGAUAUCUCUUGGCUGGACUGACAUAGCAAAAUGCUUCACUGCCUCCUCCAUGACUCUCAUUUUUGGGCUUCUCUUUCUCAUUUUCAUUGACUUUCUAGGAGAGAGAUCGGGAUGGAAGUAGACCACAUUAAUUGACAAUCUUGUUUUGGAUUCAUCAAUUGCUGGGAUGGCAGUAGACCACAUUUUUUGGAUUCAUGGCACGUGUAAUAAUUCUACAAUUUUAGCUUGCAUGUGUGCAUAGGCAUUGAUAUUACAUGAACUUCAAUUGCAUAUGACUUUUUGUUUGAUAU